UGCUCUUCUCUAGUGCACUCAGCUCUGUAAAUUCAUUCUGAUUUAAAAAAAAAAAAAAAAUUCUCUGUAAAUUCAACUUUUGCAAGGAGUUAAGACUUCUUUAAUUUAAUUAUUCUUAUCCUGUAGCCAUAAAACCAAAUCGCAGAUCCAAAAUCCUUUUCCUCCUGUCAUUUCUCGAUCUAAAGGCUCAACACUCUGUUGUAAACUACUUAGUAUUAGGAGAUCAUGUCCAGGAGGCAAGUAAGCUCCACUCGGCGAUUUGUCGACACCGGAAACUUUCCAUUUGCUGGAGCUUUACAUUCUAAAUCGCGUUCUUCGCCUUUGUUGUCUGUUGGCCUCAUCCUUCUGGGCGCAUUCCUUCUUAUCGCUUAUGCUUAUAGUGGUCAUGGCAUAUUUGGAGGCAACAAAGAAGCUCUUAACAGGUUUGAAGGUGACUUUUCAUGCACAUUAGAAGUUCAGAGAGCAAUACCCAUUCUAAAGAAAGCAUAUGGUGACAGCAUGCGCAAAGUCUUGCAUGUGGGCCCUGAUAGUUGUUCAGUGGUCUCUCAACUAUUGAAAGAAGAAGAAACUGAAGCAUGGGGUGUUGAACCAUAUGAUAUAGAGGAUGCAGAUGCAAAGUGCAAGAAUGCUAUUCACAAGGGCAUUGUUCGUGUAGCUGAUAUUAAGUUCCCUCUGCCCUACAGGUCCAAGUCUUUUUCUCUGGUUAUUGCAUCAGAUGCUCUUGAUUACCUUUCUCCAAAAUACCUGAACAGGACUCUUCCAGAAUUGGCAAGGGUGGCUUCUGAUGGCCUUGUUAUUUUUGCUGGAUAUCCUGGUCAACAGAGAGCUAAAGUUGCAGAGUUGUCUAAAUUUGGACGGCCGGCCAAAAUGAGGAGCUCGUCUUGGUGGAUUCGCUUUUUUGUACAGACCAGCUUAGACGAAAAUGAAGCUGCUUUCAAGAAGUUUGAGCAGGCUGCAUCCAAGAGGUCAUACAAGCCAGCCUGUCAAGUGUUCCAUUUGAACCCAUACCAUUAAUAAUUAAUGUGAGAAUUUACCAGAUCAAGAUUUUUGCUGUUUUUUUUUUGUCAUGCAACUAAGCCAAAAACAUUAUAUCUUCAGUUGUCAUAUAGGAUAUCCCCCGAGCCAGAUAGAUUAUUUGGUAAAUGAGAAGUUGAUAUCAUUCUAUGUUGUAUCCUAGCAAUAUACGGGACAUGUUUAUUAAUUUAAUUGAUGAAAAAUAUUAUAUGGUUUGUUUCUUA